UAACGAAUAACUACCUGCAUCUGGGAAAUGCAGCAGGCAUUUGAAAUAUUCAUUCAUUUUAUGUAAUCAAUUCACAUGCAAUCCCCAAGACGAUGUUUUCCAGGAGCAGUUCAAACUUCAAGGGUUCCCCGCCUUGCUUGUGUUUCAGGGGACAUAGGGACAUGGAACAACCUAGCCAUCCCCAUUACGUCAACAGCACCUGGACAUCUUUCUUCUCUUCAUGUAAUUCUCUAAACCCUCCCUACUAACGAACAACUGCAAUAAUAUCAAGAUGGCGCCGCACGAAGGCUUGGUCCACCUAAAGGAAUACGACUGGAGGGACAGCAAUGUCGAAAAUAUAGGAUCAGAACUUGAUCACAAGGUCAAAUACAAUUCAGCGUCUACAGAACCUGCAUGGCAGGAAGUCGGACAUGCCGCCGGUCUUCACGUUUGGCGAAUCGAGGAUUUUGAGGUAGUCCCGUGGCCAAAAGAUCGGUACGGCGACUUUCACGAGGGAGACAGUUACAUCGUCUUGCACUCGUACAAAGUAGGAAGCAAGGAUGGUGAGCAGAAGCUUGCUCACGACAUCUUCUUUUGGCUCGGAAGCAAGACAUCGCAAGACGAAGCGGGCACGGCCGCUUAUAAAACGGUCGAGCUCGACGAAUUCUUACAUGGCGUCGCAACGCAGCAUCGAGAGCUCCAGAAGGAGCCUUCCGACGAUUUUGUCGCUCUGUUCUCUCGCAUCCGAAUCCUUUCUGGUGGUGCUCGCUCUGGCUUCACGCACGUCGAAACCGAGGAGGAACCGAAGGAUACUCUGAUGCUGCUUAGGAUCUUCAAGCAUCCGUCUGCUAAGCGGGCAGACUCCGUUAUGGUCUACGAAGUUGAACCUACCUGGCAGAGUCUCGACGAGAACGACGUCUUCGUAUUGGAGCGUAAGGAUAAGAUCUGGGUCUGGCAGGGCAAGAAUUGUAGCCCGAUGGAGAAAGCAAAGGCUGCCCAAGUUGUUCACGACAUGACCAUUGCGAAGCACAUCGAUGUCGAAGUGCUGUCACAAGAAGAAGCGAGGUCUCGAACUGUUGUUGCUAUGCUAGGGGGUGAAGACGUUGGGGAAUCGCUUAAAGCCCCUCGGCCGAUUAUCUCGUCUAGCGGUCACACUGUCGGUCGUCGCCCUCGCAGACUUUUCCGCUUGUCGGAUGCCUCCGGCCAGUUGAGGUUCGACAUAGUCAAAGAAGGCACCGAUAUUAACGAGGCAGAUCUAGAUAGCAAUGAUGUUUUCCUUCUUGACACGGGCGAUACUGUUUGGGUCUGGCAAGGUUCAAGAGCAAGCAAGACAGAAAAGGCCAUGUGGAUUAAGGUGGCCGAAUCAUACAUUCGGCGACUUGGAGAGGACGAUGACAAAGCAUAUCUAAGCCCAAUAUCCAAGGUAGUCGAGGGCAACGAAAGUCCGGCAUUUAUCAAGGCUCUUGAGGCGUGAUGGAGGCUUUUUCUUUACUGCCACUACUACCACCCCUUUUUCGUCUUGCUGGACUCGACACAAGCGCCGAAUUAUUUCGUACUAAAAAAUCCAGUCUUGUAUAGGCGCAACAUUGAUUUUUAAAUCGUGAAGCUAAUGAGCUUGAAUAACUUGGACUUGAAACUAUUUCAUUAGUAAUAUCUCGUAGAUGCAAUUAAAAGGAUUAAGCACGG